UUCGAGCCGUAUAAAAAUUGGGGACUCUCAAAAGGGAAACCCGUACAUAUCAAAAAAAAACAAAAAGUGACACCCGUUCCUCCAUAAAACACCCGUGCCCACACGGUACCAGCUGUACCCCCCGGUAUCUGGUCAGAUUAACCAACUUUGACCUGGGCAGCUCGCUUGGUCGUCCUUCUUGUCCUCUGUCGUGGUCAAUGUAAUCCAUUCGCCUAUGUCCACCGGUUUGUAAGCAGUUGCUGCAUCAUCGCAUUGAAUUGAAAAUUACUCACAAACAAAAACAAAAAAUUACAACGCCAAACUUUCAAUACUUCUACAACCCACUCAUCAAACGAAAUGGGAGUCAAUAACUUCCCAUCGCCAUUCAAUUCCAAGAAAUUGAUUUCUGAGAAAUCGGUUGUCAAACAUACUCCCGUGGAUGAGGGUGAUUCGCAUCUUGAGUCGCCUGAGCCAUCGCUAGCAUUAGCCGCCCAGCUCAGACCACCACCAAUCAAUGGGUCUAAUCCAGAUGACUUGGUUAAUUGGAUCGAUCAGUUGGGUAUAACGCUUGAUGAGACACUCAAAUCACACAAUGAUGAAUUAAAGUCUUUGACAAAUGAAAACUAUCAAACAAUAUUGAAAAAUAAGUAUAAAUCAGAAAUCAUUGACGAUUCUUUUCAAAAACUAAAUAAAAUUUUACCUGCUCAAGAGCAAUUACAGGAGAGUUCUCAAGAUAAGCAUCACGGAUACUCUGAAGAUGUCCAGGAAGAUGUCGAGGAAGAUGACCAGGAAGAUAUCCGUGAAGAUAUUCGAGAAAACUCCCUGCAUCCCGAAUCAGAUUAUGAUCAUCCUGAAGACGAUGAUGUGAUAGAAAUCCUAUCUUCUGAACCCGAUCAUCCAAUUGAAGCAUUACCAAAGAAGCCUUCUUUAAUAGACUCUGGAAAUAAAUAUAUUUUUGGAAAUGAUUACAAUGACAUACAUGUGGAUGAGGAAGAUGAUGAUGAAGAAGAAGACGAAGACGAAGAAGAAGACGAAGACGAAGAAGAAGACGAAGAAGAAGACGAAGACGAAGAUGAUGAAGUAGUCGAAGAGGUAGAAGAAGAAGAGGAAGAUUACGAUGAAGAUAAUGAAGCCAAUGAAAUCAAUGAGCAAUACGAUAUGGAUCAGGAUCUGAAUCAAUACCUGGACCAGGAAGCUCUGGGGCAUUUCAAUAUACCGAAUUGGUACACUCAAGAACCUCAACAAACUAGCUCGGGUGUAUCAUACCACAUUCAAGAUGGAAGACCUCGCUUAUCUGACUAUACACCUUAUGACCAAGAAGUGCAAUCUCAAGCUUCAAACCAUAGCAUCUCAGAUACCAAUGAAUCUGAUCAAGAGUCUGAUCAAAAUAUUAAAUCUAAUGAUUCUGAUAAUGAAACUCACUCGAAUAAAUACAAUGAUCAAGACGCCGACGAAAAUAAUCAAUCAAACCUCUUUGUCAAUCAAUCUGACCAAGACUCCGAUGUUCUAGUGGUAGAUUCCCAUAAUGAAAGUCAACCACUCCAAUCCUUGGAAUACAAAAAUCAUGAUUAUAAUGAUCACCAUAAUGAAACUAUCGAAAAACCCCAAUAUAGUGAUGAAAAUAAUUUCUUUGCAAAUCAAGACUUACUAAGUUUGGCUGAAACUGCUCUCAAUAAUGCUUCAAACGAACCUACUAACGAUUUAUCUCAACAGAAAUCUAUAAUUGAUAAUACCCGCUCAAAAGAUUUUGUUAACAGUGAUUAUAAUGCUGACAACGAAUUGACUGAUUAUAACCCUAAUCCAGUAGCAAAUAAUAAAGUAUCUCCAGAUAAUGAAGAAAUUACCGCUCCGGUCCCCGAAUCUUUUGAAUUGACUGAUGAGUUACCAACUUCAUUAAAAAUAGAUGAGGUUGAUGAUAAUAUAACGGAUGGAUCCAUGGCGGAUUCUGAAAAGCUUUCAGAUAAAGAUGCUCCAGAAUCUCAAACACAACCAGCAUUAAAUUCAGAUCCCCCAAGCCCAAGCCGGUCUUUCCCUAUCUUCAAAACUGUUGAAAACGAAGACCCAGAAAGCGUUCUUGAUCAAUUAAAGGAAACAGAGAAAAAAUUCAAUAUUAAACUUCAUUCAGUUCAAGAUUUGGAAGAAGAGAUUUCUCAAAUUAAAUCUUCAAGAAGUGUCUCCAUUGAACCUAAUGUAUCGCAAUUCAAUGAAACCGUCUAUUUUGAUACGAAUAAUAUUGAAGGUAUAAAAGAAGAACCCGAAGCUGACAGUACAAGUACAUAUUUCGACGCUAGUGUUGGUGAGGCUGAUCAGAAUCUCAAUCUCGAGGUCAAAGAAAAUGAUCCAACUUCUUCAAAUGAAGAAACAAGUAUUUAUGAGGACGCACCGAAUUAUGAUUCUAAUGUCCCCGACACAUCUUUUCAACAAAUAUUAGAAGAUGAAAAUCAUGUUAUAAAUAGCGGAACCCAUGAAUCCCCUAUUGAAAUUGAUCUAGAAUCAGAUGAUGAUGCAACCGAAGAGGCAGAUCAAGCAAGAAUUGAAACGGAUGAUCAAGACUCUGUUCAAAUUAACCUCGAAGACCAAACUUAUGAAGAAGACGAGAUGGAAGUGGCCCCAGGUUUUGCAUCAAGUACCCCACAACAACCCCCCGAUGAUGAGGACGAAAUAUUUGAUAAUAUCACCAGAGAAGUUGACCAUUUCAUUCAAAGCCAACUGAAUGAAGAACAUUCAACUCAUGAUACCACUCACUCAAAAGGCGCUGAUGAGACAGUGUACGAAUCAUUUCAAAAUUUAUCAAAUUUUCAAAACACUCUGUAUGAAGAUGCUGCAAACAUACUUGGUAAUAAUAAUAUGCUCGUAGAUCAUGAAGAAGAAAAGUUAGAAAACAUUGACGAUACAAAUUUGCCUUAUAUUGAACAACAAACUGCUUCAGAUAACGGAAAUGAUGAUGUCGGGAUGGCUGCAUCAGAGUCUAUAAAUGAAAAUGAUCAUCUCGAAACUGAUAAAAGCCUCCAUAAAGAAGACAUUUUGGAUAAUCCUGAUGAAAUAGAAAAAAAAUCCAACCAUUCUAUAGACAAUAGCCCAAGCUAUGUUGAUGCUGAAGAUAAUAUAGAGAGCGCGAUGGAAGACGAAGAGAAUUCUCCUGAGGAUGUUUUGCACUUGACAAAACAAAGUGGAAUUCAAACUCACACGGACGACAAUAAGUUCACGCCAGAUGAAAGAUUAAGCGGAUAUGAAUCAGUAAAUGAAGGAGCUACAGAAAAUUCCAAUCACACAGUAAAUAAAGGAUCCAAUGCUUCUAAUGAUUCAAGCAUUUCUGAAGCUUCUGAACAUGAAAUGGAAAGACGUUCUCAAGAGCAAGAUUUUUCUGAACUUGAUGAGAAAUUAGUUGAAGAAGUCACUGAAAGCAAUUCGGUUGAUACAACUCAUUAUGAAGAUGCAAUUGAUAAUGGCUCAAUCGAAGGUGAGGCAGAAGAAGAAAAAAUGGGAUUUGGCGCUCAAAAAUUUGAAGCUGAAACAUCAAAUGAAGUCCCCAAGGGUGAAUUUGAAAAUAUUGGUUCCCCAAAAAUACUUGAAAGAUCCGAAUCAAUUGAAAAUCAUGGUGUAACUGAAAGCCCUAAAGACACUGAGGAUAAUAAAGCUGCUGAAGUCGUUGAAGCUUCGCCCGAUGCCAUUAUAAUACCUACUGAUAAAUUUGAAUCGCCAGUGAAAGACUCCAAGAUCUUUCUUGAAAAUCCUGAAUCUCACGUUGAAAGUAACGGCAACAGUACUAAAGAAGAAGAUACAGCUUCUGCAGUGGAGCUUAUUGGAGAUUUUGAAUCAGCUAAACCUGAAGAAAAAUACGAAAAUCUUAUCAGAGAAGGUGCCGAAACAUCGAAACCGGAUGAUGAAGGUGAGACUUCUGACUCCGUAGCCGCAGAUGUUGAACUACCUAAGCAACCUGAAGAGCACAAGGGAUCCGAUUAUUCAUCUAAAGACUCACAAUCCCCUAAUCAGAGUAGAAUAGAAGAAGUGAAUUCUAUACAUGAAAGUUCUUCAAUAGAAGACCUUUCCGAAAACAGCUCUAAUAACGGACAAGCUCACGAAGUGCCUACUGGCAAGACCCAUUAUGAAAGCGUGGAUACGGACAUACGUAUAGAAGAACCGCUUGAGAAUGCAGAUCAACCAUUCAUCUCUUACCAAGAUACCACGUCCGUUCAAAUGCUAGAUGACGUUUUAAUUCGUCCAACUAAUAUUGUUGAGCCUGCAGAAGAGUCAACUCCUGAACAGUUGGAGGGCCCCCCUGAAUUGAAUACACAUGAAGCAUUUGACUCAAACAGUGAGAUGAUUCAGCCAACUAAUAUCGUGGAACCUGAGGAACUCGAAGAAAAAAUCUUCGCCACAGAAAUUGAUCCAGAAUCAGUAAUAUUCAAUGAUUCAGCAUCAAUCAUACCAACUUCUGUAGUUGAGGCCGUAUCUUUACGUGGAACGCCGACUAUAGAAGACAGAAAGAUGGAGUUUGAUGCUGAAGAAUUGCCAGAUAGAGAUCAAGAUUCAGAGGCAUCAAGAGAAUCAAACGGGGGAAUCAAACGCAAAAGUGAUAUAUCUCCUUCAAAUGGUUCUAAUGUCAAAAAAUUUAAAAAGUCAAUGUUCAAUCCAUUUUCUUGGUUCUUUUCGAGAACUAAUGAGAGAUCACAUUCUGCUCCUUCUUCAGCAGCAGCAGCUGAAUAUAACAUCAACCAUGAUGAAGGCUUCUCACGUCCAAUAUCUGCACCAGAGCUUGAACCAGUCUCAAGCUCUAACGAGUCGUCAGAUUCGGAUAUUGAUGUCGAGGAAAGUGCUUCAGAUAAAGACAGUGCGUCUUCUGAGAAUGGUCGGCAAGAAUCUAAUGAUACAGAUGUAGGAGCUGAAGAGAAGGAUCACAGUGACACGGAAAAUCAUAUUGUAGUCGAUCUGCAAAAAGUAACUGUGCUCCCACCUCAAAGUACUGAAGAUGACAUCCUGGAUAAUGAUCCGAAAGAUUUGUCUAUUAUUCAUCUGGAUAUCAAGUCUGAAAAACCAAACGAUAAAACACAACACGAACUGGAAGGUCAAGCUGAGGAACAGUCAAGCCAUGAAAAGCAGCCAAUUCAAGAAGACAUUGGCCCAGACCAAAUUGGUCAAGAACAAAUCGAUCAAGAACAAAUCGAUCAAGAACAAAUCGAUCAAGAACAAAUCGAUCAAGAACAAAUCGAUUCAGAUUUCAAACAAAGAGAAUUUGAAAACGAACACAUUGAUAAGGGAGAACAUGACUUCGAGCAAAAACAAACAGUAGCAACAGAGGAAAAUGUUUCAACUGCUGAGAAGGGAUUUGUGCAAAAUCAAACGAAUAAUCUGGCACCCAAAUUCCAGUUGGCCUCUAAUGCUGAUAAAGAGAAAGAAGAAGGUGUGAAUCCAGUGGAAAAGGACACAACUUUUUUGAAAGCUACGGAAACUAGAAAUGAUGAGCAGCUCAGAGAAAUAGAUGACGAAAGUCUUUUGGGUCCUGCUGCAGAUGAUAUACCUGAUACCAUAUUAGAAGUCGAGGAUCUACCCGCUGAAGGAAUUACUGAAAAUCCUCCUUUAAGAAGUAAUGAAGCUACAGAGAAUGAAAAAAGCACGCAUGAAGACAGAGAAGAACUCCAAGUAGAUCAGGCAUAUGAAGGAAAUGAUGACAAAAAUAAUGAUCAUUUUGCAGGUCCUAUUAAUACUUCACAAGUUUCACACAGUUCCCCAGUAUCGCUAAAAGCGAACGAUGAAGCAGCUAAAGUGAAGGGUGAAUCAGGAAUUUUAAAUUAUCUUCUUGAAUUGGCAAAGACAAAGGAGAAUGAUAAUGAAGAUGAAUCUAAUGCUGACGAGAAGGAAGAUAACUAUGUGUCCGUAUCGAAGGAUACUGAAACAAGCGAAACCCAAUUCAAAACUGAUUUUGAUACUGAUGAUAAGAAUGAAGAAAAUCGAAGUGAGACUGAAUCGGUAAAUUCAGAAAUCGCGGCAGCAUUCUUAAGAGUAGCUAAGGAAGCUAAGGAAAAGAAUGAACCUCUCGAUUUCUCUGAAAAGGAUGAAAUAAUAAAGACCGAAGAACAAACGGAUAAAGUACCUGAAGAUUCCACCGGAACAUCAGAGAAGUACACAGACGAUGAAAAGACGAAAAACAAACCGGAAGACUCUGAAAGUGCAGAAUCAGGUCUGAUUGAAAAAAAUGACGAUGGCCACUUUACUGCUUUGAAGGCUGAGGACCAAAUGCCUGACACUCCAAUUAAGAUAGCUGACCAAGAAGCACAAACUAAAAGCCCCAAAAUUGAAGACGAGAUUCCUAAGCUAGCUCUUCCUAAACAAAGAAAAAAGAAAGCCAGGAAGACCAGAGCUGUUCCCAAAAAGAAAAAAGGUAAGACAUUACCAAAAAUGCAGAUACCUGCUGAUAGGGACUUUUCGAACAGUGAAUUAUCACCGAUUACUAAGGAAGAUUCGCUGAUAGCAUCACACACUCGCUCUAAUUCAAGAAAGGUGUCUUGGCAGACUGAUACCAUAGAUCACCCUGCCCAAAGGACACGUUCCAAAUCUCCGUUGAAACGUAGUAUUCGAGAGCUUUCGUCGGACAUUGAAGAAGGCAUUGUACCAAUCAAGAAGAAGAGAGGUAGGCCCAAGAAAGUAAAGAACCCUGAUGUUGAUGAAAAGAAAAAGAAGCAAGAACAGGAAGUUCGAGGCCGUGGUAGGAAAAGGGACUAAAUAAUAAACACCUUGUAUAAUUAGUAAUUGAAUUAAUUCUAUUAAUUAAUAAAUAAAGACAUAACGCU